UUUUUAUGUUUCCCAUCCCUAAAAAGCAACGCGUUCCGCAAAAACUGCAAUAAACAAUAACAAUGCUCUUCUACUCGUUCUUUAAGUCGCUGGUGGGCAAAGAAGUUGUGGUGGAACUGAAAAACGACCUCAGCAUAUGUGGCACGCUGCACUCGGUGGACCAGUAUCUGAACAUCAAGCUGACGGACAUCAGUGUCACGGAUCCGGACAAGUACCCCCACAUGCUAAGCGUCAAGAACUGCUUCAUCCGGGGCUCCGUGGUGCGCUACGUGCAGCUUCCGGGCGACGAGGUGGACACCCAGUUGCUCCAGGAUGCGGCGCGGAAAGAGGCUGUUGUGAGCACGAGAUAAGGAUGCCAGAGCCCAUAGUACCCAUAUUACACCAGGAUCAACCCAUAGUUCCCGUAAUCUGCCCUAAAAACUAAGUGAAAUUAUGUUGAAGUAAAAAACCAAUAAGAGGAA